CAUCACGGUGUGUGUGUUUGGUUCCAGCUCUGUUCUCCUCUCAGUCAAAUUUUCUUUCUGUGACUUUCUCCAGGGUCGUCUCCAUGGAGAACCAGACUUUCAAUGCAGAUAUGCUGAAUAUUGAAGGGUUAAAGGUCAGCUCAGAGGCUUCCAUUCCUGUCUUCACCUUCCUCCUCCUCACCUACAUCUUCAUCAUGGUGUCCAACAUCAGUCUGAUCAUCCUGAUCUCCUUGGAGAAGAGCCUCCAUCAGCCCAUGUAUCUGCUCUUCUGUAAUAUGAUUGUUAACGAUAUUUUUGAAGCAACAAUCAUCAUUCCACCUUUACUGAGUCAGAUUUUUGUUCCCAUCAUGGAUCGUUACAUUCACUACGUAAACUGUGUCAUUCAGGCCUUUUUUGCUCAUUUUCAUGCAAGUGCUACUCACACUGUGCUCAUGAUCGGCCUCUCCAUCCGUCUGUCACGCUGCAGGCAGGUUAUCUUUAACCCGUACUGUGAAAAUGCCUCUUUGUUCAAACUGUCAUGCGAAAGUGUCCUCAUCAAUCAAAUCUACGGCCUCGGCUACACUGUGGUUCUGCUGGGCUCAUCUAUCGGCAGCAUCACACUCACCUACUUGAAAAUCGCAGCAGUGUGUUUAAGCCGGAAGAACAAAGUCCUGAACAGCCGGGCACUACAGACUUGUGCAUCUCACCUGACUUUGUAUCUCGUCUUGCUGGUGGUGGGUAUCGUUAACAUUACCCUGCAUCGUUUCCCAGACUUAUCGGACCAACAGAAGAUAGCUACCGUCAUGGUACACGUGAUCCCUCCUGCUCUUGAUCCUGUGAUUUAUGGGCUGCAAAUCCAAGUGGUCAGACAAAAAUUAAUAUCAUAUUUAAGAGUCCUGAAGGACAACAUGUAA